AUGCAUAUAGCCCACCAAUAUGGAGCCACAAGUUACGUGUAUUAUUAAUAUUAUUUUUUAGAUGGGAUCAUAUGAGUGGUGUGGAAACCGAACGCCCCCUUGCAUUGGUUUUGAUGGUGACGUAAAAUAAUAUUGUUUACUCCGGAAGCUACUAUUGGUUGGUUGCUGACUUGUUUGUAACAAAGAACUCCAGGAAGACAUUCGCAUACAAAUUGGCUUUAUAGAAGUGUGGCAAUUUGCCCGGUCUGACCAAAACGACGAUUUUUUCUUUUUUAUAUAAUAACUGACAUUUGUUUGAAAUCGAUUCUCAGAAUACCAUGUCAGUAGCAAACGAUUUGAGUGCUGGGGACUGCAUUGACGCCAGGCGGGGCGAUGGACAAGAGUGCGAGGGCCCCUGUGGUGGCUCUGGGUCCAUGCAGGUGGACGCCAAACCUCAGUCCCAUUGCUUCAGGUACAGUCUCAGUUACCCCAGCAUUGGGCAGUGUAUCAUCAUCAACAACAAGAACUUUGACAGAAGAACAGGUAUGAAUGUACGCAAUGGCACAGAUGUGGAUGCAGGCAAUGUGAUUAAGGUGUUUGGGAAACUGGGUUAUAAGGUGAAGAUUUACAAUGACCAGACAGUGGACCAGAUCAAGCAUGUUUUAACCACAGCCUCCAAGGAGGACCACAGCUGCUCCGCCUCGUUCGUGUGUGUCCUGCUGAGUCACGGGGACGAUAGUGUGUUCUUCGGGACGGAUGCCUCCAUCGAGCUCAAGAGCCUCACCAGCCUGUUCCGGGGCGACCGCUGCAACUCGUUGGUGGGCAAGCCCAAACUCUUCUUCAUUCAGGCUUGCAGAGGUACUGAUCUGGACGUGGGCAUCGAGGCAGACAGCAGUUCAGACGGGAGCUCGACCAGGAUCCCUGUGGAAGCAGACUUCCUCUAUGCCUACUCCACAGCUCCAGGCUACUACUCGUGGAGGAACACUCAGACUGGCUCCUGGUUCAUCCAAUCGCUGUGUGAGAUGAUUGGCAAGUACAGCAAAGAGCUGGAGGUCCAACACAUCCUGACCCGGGUCAACCACAAAGUGGCGACAGAGUUUGAGUCUGCGUCAAACUCUCCUGGUUUCGAUGCCAAGAAGCAGAUCCCCUGCAUCGUAUCAAUGCUGACCAAAGAGAUGUACUUUACACCAUGAUAGGAGAAAGGUGUGAAGAAGCUCUUCAUUUGCCUGGUCCCAGAUCGAUUUUAGCUGUCUCGCCAACAGCUAUUGUCACUGUUAUAGAAGUUGGCAAGAGAGGAAAAACAGACCUGGGAUCAGGCUAGCUUCUAUCUGAGUGAGGGCAAUAGAUGUGUGUUUUGGUUGUGGAUUGUAAUUAGCUGAAUUUUUAACACCACUGCUCAAUCACUCUGGAUCAAGUUGGACUUGGUUUAAACUUGUAGGCCUAAGUAUCACAUUUUAUGUUGGAGGUUGAAACCUCUGUCAUGCUUUCAUCCUGAUGUUAUGCACAGAGAAGUUGACUUUUCUUCAGG